AUGGUGGGUUUCUAUGUCGUGUCGGGUUCUUUUAUCUUUAUCCCAAAUGGGACGAUAGCUCAGUUGGGAGAGCGUGCGAUUGAAGUUCGCAAGGUCGCUGGUUCGAUCCCGGCUCGUCCCAUUAGUUUUUGGACUUUUUUUUUGCUUGCUAACUUACCUACUACUUACUACAUGGAAAUAAUCCUUGGGGUAGAUCAUAGUGGGACGAAACGAUUGUAA